UUUCAAGAUGCAAAUUUACGGCCUGUGUUGUGUAAUUGAGAAUAAAGAAACUCCAAUUCCUUUGCAAAAUGUUGUCGUUGAGGCUAAUAUUGUUGACAUGAUAACUGAAGUUACAAUCUGCCAAACUUAUAAAAAUAUUGAAAAAGAUCCUAUUGAAGCUCGAUAUAAAUUUCCCAUUCAUGAAGCUGCAGCAGUCUGUGGAUUUGAAGCAGAUAUUGAUGGACAAAGGAAAGUAAAAGGUAUCGUAAAAGAAGCAAAAAAAGCCGCAAAAGAAUAUACCGAAGCAAUAGAGAAAGGGCAUGGCGCAUAUUUGUUAGAAUCUGAAUCUGCAGACGUAUUUCAAUGUUCUAUUGGAAAUAUUACAUCCGGACAAACUAUAGUCGUAAAGAUUACGUAUGUUUCGGAACUUAAACAUGACUCUGAAACAGAAAAAAUCAGAUUUGUUCUUCCAACUUAUAUCGCGCCAAGAUAUGGUUCUUCUACUUCAACAUCAUCUUCAGCAGAUGACGGUAAAAUUCUUGAGCCUGAUGCCGUGUUAUAUUCUGAAGAAGCUAAUUUUUAUUUAGAUCUCACUGUUACUUGUAGAAUGACUUCAAUUAUUCAAAUUAUUGAAUCACCUUCACAUAAAAUUUCUACUGAAAUGAAUAUUGACGAAAAUCCUAAAAUUUCAAAGAUCACUUUAGUUGAUCAAAUCACUUAUUUAGAAAAAGAUUUUAUUCUUGUAGUUAAAAGUAAAGAUCUUGAUCAACCACGUGCUUUCCUUGAAUACAAUCCCGAAACGCAAACUAACUGUGUUAUGUUAACUUUGGUUCCGAAAUUUUCAUUGAAUACAACUGUUACUGAACUAAUUUUUGUCGUUGAUAGAUCGGGUUCAAUGUCUGGUGAACCUAUGAAGAAAGCUGCGGAAGCACUGGAAUUAUUAUUACGUUCAAUUUCUGAAGAUUGUUACUUUAAUGUAGUUUCAUUUGGAAGUCAUCAUGAUUCUCUUUUCUCUAAAAGUCAACUUUAUUCUGAAGAAUCAUUAUCUGAAGCUAUUAAUCUUGCUCAAACGAUGUCUGCAAAUUAUGGAGGGACAGAAAUUUAUAAUGCACUAAAAUGGACAUUUGAAAAUUCAAGAAAUGAUAUGCCAACUACUGUAUUUCUUAUUACAGAUGGUGAAGUUUGGAAUGUUAAUCAGAUUGUAGAACUUAUACGUAUAAAUGAAGAAAAAAAGAGUAGUGACCUACGUCUUUUCUCAUUAGGAAUUGGUGAUGCGGUUUCUCAUCACUUAGUCGAGUCUGUUGCUCGUACGGGUAAAGGAUAUGCUCAAUUUGUAACAAAUAGCGAAAGGAUGGACAAAAAAGUUAUUGGAAUGUUAAAGAAUGCAUUGAAACCACCAAUCAAGGAUUAUGAAAUUACUUGGACCGACAAUAAUUUCUUAGAAUCAACUAAAGAUGAAGAACCAGAUAUGAUGCAAGAUAUUAAUUUUACGAGUGAUAAUGUAUCAUCAUCAACAAGUGAUAUCUUUAUUGAUUUUAAAGUUCAACAAGUUCCAUAUUUCAUUCCACCAAUAUAUCCUGGCGUUCGUUUUAUUGUUUAUUGUAUUUUGAAAAAAAACAUCGAGCCAUGUAAAGUUAUUUCUUUAAAAGCUACUUCUCAAGAUGGUCCCAUGAAACUUGAUAUUCCUUUGGAUCCUGUUACAUUACAAGGUUCAAUUAUUCAUAGAUUAGCAGCAAGAAAACUUAUUCAAGAUCUUGAUGAUAAAAUAUCAUUUCUUCAUAAAAAUCCUAAAAAUGUCGGUAAAAAUAUUCCAGAUUCAUUGGUUAAAGAUAAUAUUAUUAAACUUGGUAAAACUUUUAAUUUAGCAUCAAAAUAUACAAGUUUUAUUGGAAUUGAUGAAAGGACUAGUGAACCUAAUGAAGUUCUUAUUAAACCAAAGCAAAUAAAUGUCCCCCAAUCUGUUCCCGCAUCUGGUUCUCACGUAGGAAAACAACUUGGUGUUGGUGGUGCUAAAAGGCAUCGACAAAUAUUACGUGAUGAUGAUGAUGCUAGGCGCUCCACAAGAGUUAAGCAAACUGCCAGAAAAUCAACGGGUGGAACAACUACCACAGUUGGAAGAAUUAGGUAUACUGCCAGAAAAUCAACAGGUGGAAAAGCUCCCACAAAGCUACCAGAUUCUCUAGCUUCUCAGCCCGAAAUUAAAAUUAAUCAUAAAGAAUCAAAUAUUAAAAAUCUAUUCGAAUUUUUAGGAUUACAAUCUUUUAAUGGUAAAUUCUUACCAAAUGAAUCAUUUUACAAUUUUUUUUAUAAAAAUGAUUUAAAUGAUUUAAAACAAGAAAUUAAAGAGGAAAUUGGAGAAAUUAAGGAAAUUGAAGAGGUAUUAAGUACUUGUAUUUCUAUGAAAUAUCUUGAAAUAAUUAUGUUUGAAAAUUUUAAAGAUGAAUGUGAAAUGUGUUAUGAAAAAGCUGAAAAAGCUUUAAAGAAAAUGGUUGAAAAUGAUGAAAAAAGAAAUGCUAUUUCUGAAAAAGCUAAAGAAUGGAUUCAUAAUUGGGUCAAUGAGCAAGAGUGAAGAGA